AUCAAACCCACGAGGGAUCCAUCUGUUGUCAAAUGCAUGCGCCGGGGGCGGAGAAUACUGGGACAAACUGAGGACGGGAAUGGGCAUAUUUGCUUCUUGCCUUUGCGGUCAAUCUGACGUUUCACCUCUCUACCUUUACUUCCAGAAUACGUACUAUUCCUUGUGUGAAUUGGUGGGCACUCGAUAAAUGAUUAGAGAUACUCGUGUGGGUUAUGUUCUGUCGUGACGAAUUGUGACAGAUUACUCAUAACUUUACAAGAUGGGUCAGGCUUUGGAAGAUGCGUUACAUGCUGCUCGUAAGGCAGUAGAAUCUGAUAGUAAAUUUCAGUACAAACAGGCGCUGUAUUAUUAUGGCUUAGCCACUCGACGACUUACUACUAUACCAUUGGACGAAAUACUAUCCACAAAACUCCAGGAAUACCAGGAACGAAUAUCUACGCUACAGAGAAUACUUGCAGAACAAGAUAAGAAGUUGCAAACGAACGAACAAACUAAUCAGAUGGAUCUGCAAAGGUGUAACUUUUUGUUUAAUCAAGCCCUGGAUGCCGAUGAAGCUGACUGCACAGAUAUUGCCAUAAAAUUAUAUACAGAUGCGGUUGAGCUUGGAUUAAAUGCUAAACCUGCAGACCCUGAGCUUAAACAGAAAUUAACUAAUCUCGCACGGCUAGCUCUUGACAGAGCUGAGGCUCUAAAAAGCAAAAAAAUUGCUAAAACUUCUCCAACGCAUAAAUCGUCUACUCAAUUACCAAAUUUACCUUCAGUCCCAGAAACAAACCCAACUCCAACUAUUUCUGUGAAAGCGACACCUGCUGUAUCAGAUAGCACACAAAGACCUCCUCUUCAUCGUGGAAGCAGUGCACACCUGAAGGUGACAGGUGGCAGUUCCACGUAUACUGAAGAGGAAAUAAAAGUCUUAUUGCAUGGCUCGCAUAUAAACAACAACAAGUUCGUGCCUUUCAUGGACAUUGACCUCAAAGAAAAAUUCCAAUUUGCAAUUCCGUUCACAGACAGAGAUGGGCUUCUUGAGCUUGACCCAAAACAAAAACCAGACUUUUCAAGAUGGACUCGUCCUGAUGAACUAUUCGCUGAACCGAAAAUGGUCAUGGGAGCACACGUAGAUUAUUUUAGUAUCAAACAAACGGUUGUAUCUGACUGCUCAUUUGUGGCAUCUUUGGCUGUGAGUGCCCAAUAUGAAACCAAGUUUCGAAAACGCCUUGUUACGUCCAUUAUUUAUCCGCAAAAUCGACAUAAUGAACCAAUUUUUAAUCCUUUUGGUAAAUAUAUGGUAAAACUACACAUCAAUGGUAUUCCACGUAAAGUCAUUAUAGAUGACCAGCUACCUGUGAGUCGUUAUAAUCAGUUGCUAUGUUCCUAUUCUAACAAUCGAGGAGAAUUGUGGAUUUCUCUCCUAGAGAAAGCUUACAUGAAAGUAAUGGGUGGAUACGAUUUCCCUGGUUCUAAUAGUAAUAUCGAUCUACACGCAUUAACUGGUUGGAUACCGGAAAGAUGGGCUAUCAGACCGAACGAUCCAGAGUUCAAUAGAGAUAGUUUAUUUGAUACGUUACUCACAAGAAUGUGUCGAGGAGAUGUUUUGGUUACAGUUGCAACUGGUGUAUUAACAGACAGUGAUGCUGAAAGAACAGGUCUUGUGCCGACCCAUGCAUAUGCGGUUUUAGAUGUGAAAAACGUACAGGGUGUGCGGCUUCUUCAGUUGAAGAAUCCGUGGUCACAUUUGCGUUGGCGUGGAAAUUAUUCGGAAUUAGAUACGGAACACUGGACCGUGGAAAUGAGACGUGCUCUAAAUUAUGACCCAGAUUCAGCAUCAGAGUUUGACAAUGGAAUCUUCUGGAUCGAUUAUGAUAGUAUUUGCCGAUUCUUUGACGUAUUCUACUUGAACUGGAACCCCGGAAUGUUCAAAUUCACCUAUUGUAUUCACCAGAUGUGGACAGCUGGUAUUGGACCAACCAAAGAUGCUUUCAACAUCGGAGAUAAUCCUCAAUUUAGUCUAGAAGUAUCGCCAGACGUUACUGGAGCAAUAUGGAUUCUAUUAACAAGACACAUCACUGAUAUCGCAGAUUUUAGGCAAAAUCAAGAAUAUAUUACGGUUCUAGUCUACAAAAAUGACGGAAAAAGGGUUUUUUAUCCACAUGAUCCGCCGCCAUAUAAAGAUGGUGUCCGAAUUAACAGUCCUCAUUAUCUUUGCAAAUUGAAACUGGGACCAAGCAGUGAAUCGCGUUACACUCUAGUCAUAGCACAAUACGAAAAGACUAAUACUAUUUACUAUACUCUACGCAGCUAUGGAACAUGUCCUUUUACUCUUCGUAAAAUUGCCGAGCCUUAUAUUUUCGAAAAAGAGAUAACGGAUGGCCAAUGGGUCGGUUCUACUGCAGGUGGAUGCGGAAACCAUCCUGCAACCUACCAUAAUAAUCCGCGGUAUCAGCUUAUUCUCCAAAGCUCUAAAAACAACAAUCAUUUAAGAGUAAUAUUAAAAGGUCCUAAGCAAUACCAAAUUGGCUUCGAAAUUGUGACUGUGAUAUUGAACGACCCUGAAUGUCCAACAGCAUUUCGAUCGAAAAGCUCUGGAAGUUUUCGGUCUGGUUUCGUUGUUUUGGAAUUAGAAGAUGUGCCAGCAGGUACAUACAACAUAAUACCUUCUACAUUCCAUCCUGGACAGGAAGGCCCAUUCUUUUUGACUUGCAAAGCUUCGUGUAAUCUUCAAGUUGAUCGGAUUCAGUAAAAGUUUUAUGAACACAAAUGUUCAAUUAAAGUAACAAUUACCUAUUUUUACGGGUAUAGAUAAAAUUAUACGAUUGAAUCAGCGAUGAUAUGUCAUUAUGCGAAUGAAUUGAAAUUAAUUCUAGCAAAUAUUUCCGUAAGAAGGCAGUUGAAACGCUGGAAUUUCUAUUGUUGAGGCGUGUCGAAGUCCUACUAGUUUCUUAGUUCACCACUUACUGAAUUCUCCUCUGAGAAUUAUAAUGGUCCAAAGUCUUCAUCUAGCUCAUUAUAUUACUAUAUGCCAUUGAAAGGAACAGAUAAACCGUGCUAAUGCCUUACAAAACUUUUUGCUUGCUCAUCAAAAUUUGAUACCAUUUUGCUGUUGCUCAUGCAAAUAUAAAUUCAUUGAUGUGCUGUCAAUGAAUUUAAGUUUAACGAAACAUUGUGCAUUGAUUCUGCGGGUUCGUUUUAUGUAUAGAAAAUUUAUCAAAUGAAAUAACUAUAAAUAUUUUGAGAAUAUCUAUAUGUAUGGUGUAGAGCUUGAAAAGCUGAAAAUGUAUAUAUGAACGGAGCAGCGCUUUUUGAAUAGUAUAUUAAUAAUCAUGAAAUGAAUUGGUAAGAAUAUCGAAUUGAAAAUGUAAUUCGUGUUAUUUAUAUUUUAGUACCGGCACUAUGUACCACUUGUAUACCAGCAAUUUCAUAGCACAAACAUGCAGAAAAUGUUCUUAUCUCAUAUAUUAAGAUUUUUUCUUUAUAUAAACAGAAUUUAUAAGUUAUUAUUGAAUCAUGAAUCUUGUUACCGUAUUUGUAAUUUUUAUACAAAUGCAUUGUGAUUAUCUUAAAUCAUAGUCUAUUGCCAAUAAUAUCUGAGAUUUUUAGAACUUUGUAUAACUUGCGUACGUGUAUUUAAAUCAACAAUAAACCGAUUACGUACUGUGUAAGAACCAAAUAAAAUUAUUCACCCGGUCA